AUGCCACUUUAUGACGACGAUGAUUCACCUCCUCAUGGGAAAGGCUCUGCCAAUAUUACGAUGAAGUUUCUCCAAGCCCAGAUUGCUCAGAAAAGAGUGCAAAUUCAGCAAGGAAUGCAAAAAACAAGCAUAGCACCAGUUGUUGACUUGUCUGCUCGUAAUAAAGCUGCACUCAACAUGCGCCGGAUACAACCGGUACGAGCGCUCCCCAUCACGGACUGCGCGCCUCCGUCUUUUCUUCCUAAAGGGGCAGUAGAGGAUAGCGUUAAUUUGUUUGGAGAAUACAUUGUGAAGAAUGAAUAUCAACCAGCUGUUCCUAAUGAGUACAUCGCUUUUAAGCGAAAGGCGGAGGAACGCGAAGCACGAGAAAAACAUGCCAGGGAGGUUGCUGAAAGGUGCGUUCCUAUAUAGCG